AUGACUCCACCAAUAAUAAAUCAAGAAUUGGGUGUGGUGUCACAUAAAUUUACUGUCCCUAUUCGCUUCGUUCAGACGAUGACAACUAUCAAUACAGAAGCUCUUCGUUUAUUUGAAUUACUAAACAGAAAGCAAUAUGAACUGGAAACCAAAGUGACAGCAUUGAAAACCAUUACUGAUUCUACUAGGCACCAAGAAUAUACCACUGAAUUACGGAAUGGUGUAAAGGAGUUAACUAGACAAAUUGAGGAUCUGAAGCAACUUGCCGACGAACAAGAAAAAGUCAAAGACCGUGACGCUAUAUUACAACGAUUACGAAGAAAUGAAGAUCAUCUCAGAACUCUUCAAGUUUCAAUCCGACGAGCAACAGUAGCGUCAAAGCAGAAUAUAGAUAAAUUGGCGAGAUCAGAGUUAUUAGAACUUGCCGAUGGGAAAAAGAAUGAUGCCGCUGAAUUAAGAAGAAGGAAUCCAAAUUCGGAAGAUGCCAUUCUUCAUGCCGCGAACGACGUGACAGAGUCGUUACGUCGAACGACACAACUAAUGCGGCAAGAGAUUGAACGAAGUGCCUAUUCUGCAAAAGUACUUGACGACUCUUCACGAACAUUAAAAAUCGCCUAUACUGAAUAUCGCACCUUUUCGUCUUUGGUUAGAGGUUCGAAACAAUUGAUUACUAAGUUGGAACAGAGUGACUGGACGGAUAGAUUGCUGAUUCUAUUCGGGUUGUUAGUAUUCGUACUGGUAGUUUUGGUGAUAUUGAAGAAGAGAGUAUGGGAUACCGGAAUUAGUUGGGUGACAUGGAUAACUAGUUGGUUUACACGUAUGGUUGUAUAG